CGCGCGGCCGACGGCAGAGCGAGCCGAGCAGAUCCGCGCCGGGCAGCCCCGCAGCGCGCAGCGAGCACCCGCCCGCCGCCGCCGCCGCCGCCGCCGCCCAUUCCCUGCGCGGUCCCCGCGGCGCCUGCCACCUUCCCCCGCGUCCCGAUCUUGCCGGCCAGCCCCGCUCGGCCGCUUCGCUGCUCCCGCGGAGCCCCGAGAUCCAUCCCCCCUUCCCCGGCUCGCGCCUCGGCUCUCCAGGCGCGCCACUUCCACGCCCUCCUCCUCCUCCUCUUCUUCGUCCUCCUCCUCCUCUUCCUCCACCCCGGCGCCUGGCACCGGGGGACCGUUGCCCGCCGCCGCUCGAGGCCCAGCUCCACUUUUCAGCCCCUUGUCUCCUUCUCCUUCUCCUCCUCCUCCUCCUCCGUCUUCUCUCCUCCUUCUCCGACUCCUCCCCGCGCGUCCCCCCCUCCCGGAGUCGGGCGCCCGCCACUUGCCCGUCCCGUCCCCACGAAGCUUGGGAGCGCGUCCGCCUGGCCCGCACCAUGGCACGGUUUGGCAUGCCCACGUUUCUCUGCGCCCUGGCCGUGCUCAGCGCCGCGCUGCUGGCCGCCGAGCUCAAGUCGAAAAGUUGUUCGGAAGUGCGACGCCUCUACGUGUCCAAAGGCUUCGACAAGGACGAUGCCCCCACGCAUGAGAUCAACGGUGAUCAUUUGAAAAUCUGUUCCCGGGAUUACACCUGCUGCUCUCAAGAGAUGGAAGAGAAGUACACCCUGCAAAGUAAAGAUGAUUUCAAAAGUGUUGUCAGUGAGCAGUGCAAUCAUUUGCAAGCGGUCUUUGCUUCCCGUUACAAGAAGUUUGAUGAAUUCUUCAAAGAGCUCCUUGAAAAUGCAGAGAAAUCCCUGAAUGACAUGUUUGUGAAGACAUAUGGCCGCUUAUACAUGCAAAAUUCGGAGCUAUUUAAAGAUCUCUUCGAUGAGUUGAAGCGCUACUAUGUGGCAGGAAAUGUAAACCUGGAAGAAAUGCUAAAUGACUUCUGGGCGCGCCUUCUGGAGCGGAUGUUCCGCCUAGUGAACUCCCAGUACCAUUUUACAGAUGAGUAUCUGGAAUGCGUGAGCAAGUACACUGAGCAGCUGAAGCCCUUUGGAGAUGUCCCACGCAAGCUGAAGUUGCAGGUUACCCGCGCCUUUGUAGCGGCUCGCACUUUUGCUCAAGGCUUGGCAGUCGCCAGAGAUGUAGUGGGCAAAGUCUCUGUGGUAACCCCCACUAAUGAGUGUACCCAGGCCCUGUUGAAGAUGCUCUACUGCUCCCAUUGCCAAGGUUUCGUGACUGUGAAGCCAUGUUACAACUACUGCUCAAACAUCAUGAGAGGCUGUUUGGCCAACCAAGGAGACCUUGAUUAUGAGUGGAACAAUUUCAUAGACGCAAUGCUCAUGGUGGCGGAGAGACUCGAGGGGCCUUUCAAUAUCGAAUCGGUCAUGGAUCCCAUCGAUGUGAAGAUUUCAGAUGCUAUUAUGAACAUGCAGGAGAAUAGUGUGCAGGUGUCUCAGAAGGUUUUCCAGGGCUGUGGACCCCCCAAGCCUGUCCCAGCUGGCCGGAUUUCCCGUUCCGCCUCUGAAGGAGCUGCCUACAGUACAUUUAGUGCCUUUAGUGCUCGUUUCCGACCAUACCACCCCGAGGAACGCCCAACCACAGCAGCUGGCACGAGCUUGGACCGACUGGUAACGGAUGUCAAGGAGAAACUGAAGCAGGCCAAGAAGUUCUGGUCAUCUCUUCCUAGCAACAUGUGCAAUGAUGAGCGGAUGGCUGCGGGAAAUGGCAACGAGGAUGAUUGCUGGAAUGGCAAAGGCAGAAGCAGGUACCUGUUUGCAGUGACCAGCAAUGGAUUAGCCAACCAGGGCAAUAAUCCAGAGGUUCGUGUGGACACCAGCAAGCCUGAUGUCCUGAUCCUGCGCCAAAUCAUGGCUCUGCGGGUGAUGACCAGUAAGAUGAAGAAUGCUUACAACGGGAACGACGUGGACUUCUUUGAUAUCAGUGAUGAAAGCAGUGGAGAAGGAAGCGGAAGUGGAUGUGAGUAUCAGCAGUGCCCUUCGGAGUUGGAGUACAACGCGACUGACCACUCCGGGAAAAGUGCCAGCGACAAAGCCAACGGUGCGGGUCCCCGUGCUGGGGCCCAGCCCUACCUGCUCACUGGGUUGUGCAUCUUGCUCCUGCUUAUGCAAAGAGAGUGGAGAUAAUUCUCCCCAUUAGAGCAAGAGUGUUCAUCAUCCAAAAGUUACAAAGGCACCGGUUAUCGUUUUUAUACCAUCGUAGUGACUUUGCUUUUUCAAUGAAUGGACAACGAUGUACAGUUUUUACUAUGUGGCCACUGGUUUUAAAAAUUGCUGACUUGAUUUUUUUUUGCAUUCAGUUUUGGGGGACGGGGAGAGGACUUGGAUGUAAAAUCAGUUCUCCCCCCAUGGUCCCCCGAAUCCUGUUCAACGUGGCUAACAAUGUAGGUACAGAACUGUAGUUAGUUGUGCAUUUGUGAUUUUAUCAUUCUAUUGUUUGUUGUAUUUUCUUGUUGUUUGUGGGGAUUUUUUUCUGCAGUUAUGAUCUCACCUUGUUUCUCCCAAGAAAACCAGGGUCCUUUCUUGGCAUGUAACAUGUACGUAUUGCUGAAAUAUUAAAUAGCUGUACAGAAGCAGGUUUUAUUUAUCAUGUUAUCUUAUUAAAAGAAAAAGCCCAACAAGCAAGUAACAUUUCCAUGUAUCCCUGUUUGAGUUGCCUUACCUAAAGAAAAGCUGAGGUGAUUGGGGUUUUUAUUUGUAAGCUAGGACAGAAUGUGAAGAAACAAGGAGGCUUCCAGGCCACUUGUCAGGUUAUAUUCAAGCAUCAACACAGAAAGGUCAUAGCUACUCUCUGGAAGAGACUACAGAUACCCCAUUUUGGUUGACUGGGACUGCCGAAACCAAGAUCAUGUAUUGGUCCAUCUCUGAACCCACUAAAACUUAACCCAUUUCAAAGAACUGUCUUGAUCCAUUCUCCCUAGGAAGGUAUGUAAGGCAUUCAUAAUGUCAUUUUUAUCACAUGUUCACAUUUAGUUUGGGAGUGGAUUUUUUGGAUUGGUUUGGUUUUUUUGAGGUGUGUGUGUGUUGGGGGGGGGGUGAUUUUGUUUUGAAUCCAGGCACAUUAGCAAGCCACUGUGUGCCGAUCUUUGUGUCCACACAACCAUUAUUUGAAUUGUUAUCCCCGUGGCACAAAGAUGCCAUUCACAAACUCCUAUGGCUCUCUCUUUACAACGUUCCACAUUUCAAACCCUGCUAUAGCAUAAGGGCUAGCCAGAAUUGGGGUCCCAAGCCUGGGCUCAGGGAGGAGCUGCCUAUCCUCAAGUCUAGUUUUGUUGUCAGGGCGUGUGUAUUUUAUUUGGUUUUGGGAUCCCAGGUUUUCCCAAGAGAUUAUAUAUAAGGGUGUCUUUUUUUUUUGGUCCUUUUUCCCCCAGACCCCUAGGAUCAAAAUAGCAAAGGAUUUGUAGUACUUCUUAUUGGGGUCCCGCCCCAUGACUCAAGCCUAUUUGAAGAAUAGGGUGCCCCCCCUUAUCAUCUGUUGUUUUCUUUGGGGUGGUAGGAGUAGGUAAAGUGGAGAAGAUUGUAUCUUAGGGGUGAGUCAGAACGACACAAAGACCAGUAUCUGUUGUCCCAGGCCAAAGAAAAAAAAAAGACCUCAGACCUUUUGGAAGUUUAUCCGCAUCUCUCUACCACAUGACAGCUCACAAACCUAUGGGAAUGGAAGGAAUCGGUUUCAAAGGCAUUCCCCCAAAGUUUUCAGAAAUUCAAAGAAAAAAAUCUGCAAGUCUCUUCCGGCUUUAGAUUGCUGUUAAGAUCCCAAGUGGUUCUCCAGCAGCUAAGACCCAUAGAGAAGUCCUUUGUGUUCCUGUUCAAUCUUCAGUUGUAAGAAUAAUUCUCUAUUUUUAUAUUGAAACAUGAUUACUUGAUAGCUCAGGGUCUACAUUUCAUUCACCUUUUUACACCAAAUUCUUCAGAUGGUCAACAUGGAGUUAUCGGGGGGCGGGGGGACUGUUGUGAACAGAGGCUUAAUUUUAUUAGAAGUAGCCAGUUAUUUAUUAAAGCAUGAUGUUAAUAAAAUAGGCAUAUUCUG